GACAUGAGAAUCAAGUUUGAGAUCAACGACUGGGACCUCAACAACGAGUUCAACCCAUCGCGAGCUUUUCAACGCACCAAACGGUCCAAAGAUUACGAUACUUAUGGUGUUUUUGCGGAGGACGACAAUGAAGAGCAGAUGGACACCACUGUCAAUGAGAAGUCAUUCAAAAAGAAGACAAUUAACUUCAUUAGCGGUGGUAUUAAAGGGGAAUCCGAUGCGACUAAAGCCGAAGACAGUGACGAGAGAGCCGAGGGUUUUGUGUCCACCAAAAGAAGCACAACAUCUGGUCGAGAGACCAAUUGGAAGAGUCGGAAGAAUAGGAGCGAAGUGUUUGCGGGGAUGCGAAGGGCCGGCACUUAUGGGACGGACGAGGAGUUCGGUCAGUGGGAGUCCUACACGAAAGGGAUCGGCGCUAAGUUGCUGUCGAAGAUGGGCUACGAACCGGGCAAAGGUUUGGGCAAAAAUCUUCAGGGAAUCACUGCUCCCAUCGAAGCCAAGAAGAGGCCCGGCUUUGGAGCCAUCGGUCGGUACGGAUCCGAAAGCGCGCGCAAAGGCAUCGAUAUCGAGGAGGCGCUCGAAGACAAGCAAACACUGAAAUUGAAGAGUGAAAGAAGUGAAAGACUUAAAGCGGAUAAAGGCGUCAAAAGAAUUAUUAAAUCCGUCGAUCAGAUGAUAACAGAGCAGAUCACCAGACCAUUGGAUGACAGCGAAACCAAUUCGAUGAAAGUGAUUGACAUGACUGGACCCGAACAGCGCAUUCUCGCCGGUUAUCACGAAAUCGGAAGUAAGGGUUUUGGUAGACAUGAAGACGAGGACGAGGAUGAAGAGCGCAAUGAUCUGAUGGACACCACAGAGAAUGAGAUCCGAGAGUUGACUAAUAAAAUAAGGAGAGAAUCGAAUCGCUUGCAGACCAUUGAGGAAGAGAUAAGUCGAUUGGAAGCCGAAAACAGAGAGAAAGACAAUCGGAUCAGUAAUUAUGAGACAAUUUUGAAUCAAAUGUUGGAUUUGAGUAAAAAACAGUCCGAAAAGGAGUUGACAAUCGAUGAAAUGCUUGAAAGUUAUGAUGGAAUCAGAAGUGAAUUUCCCGAAGAAUUCUAUUCCCUUCGAUACUAUGAAGCGCUGAUUCCAAUGGCUUUUCCACUCAUUCGAUGCAUUCUUCACGAUUGGAAUCCAUUAAAAGAUUGCGAAUCAAUGAAAGAGUUAUUCAUAAAAUUGAAGACAAUUAUCGGCAGCGGUGAUGACGGCAUAUAUGAGAUGAUUGUGUGGGACGUAUGGAUGCCUGUCGUGAGGAGACAUAUCUGUUCAUGGCCUUCCAUUAGACAAUGCGAUGAAGUUAUUGCUUUGUUGGAGUCGUGGCGACCACUUCUGCCUCAUUGGCUCUUCGAUAAUAUCAUCGAACAAAUCAUUUUACCUCUUCUUCAAAAGGAAAUAGAAGAAUGGAAUCCACUCACAGAUACCGUUCCCAUACAUUCGUGGUUACAUCCAUGGCUUCCUCUGCUGGUGGACCGAUCACUGGAACACUUGUAUGACCCGAUCCGCCACAAGUUGUCCAACGCCUUAACCAAUUGGCAUCCAAGCGAUGGGUCGGCAAAACUGAUAUUAGAGCCGUGGAAAGGGGUGUUCAGUGCCGGUGCGAUGGAAGCCUUUCUUAAUAUAAACAUCGUUCCGAAGUUGGAGAUAGCGUUGCAAUCACUGAUCAUUAAUCCACACCAACAAUGUCUGGAUGUGUGGCAUUGGGUGAUGUCUUGGCAGGAGAUGCUGUCCACUACAGUGAUGGCAUCCAUGUUGGAAAAGAACUUCUUCCCGCGUUGGCUCAAUGUCUUAUAUAAUUGGCUCUCAAAUGGAUCCAAUUUGGAUGAAGUGAGCAAAUGGUAUUCCGGUUGGAAAUCAAUGCUAUCGUCACCACUUCUGGACCACCCGUCCAUUAAAGACGGUCUGAAACGAGCGCUCGAUAUAAUGAGUGCCUUCUCUUCUAACAGCAACGUUCCCGUCCAACCCUUCCAUGCAUUCUAUGCCCCCAUUCGACCGCAACACAUGACUCCCAACGCCUCGGUUUCAGCCAAAGACACCAUUUCCGAGGUUUCCAUUAAUUUUAAGCAAUUAGUCGAACGCCGAGCAGAAGAGAAGGGAAUCCUAUUUAUUCCGAUUGCAAACCGUUUCCAUGAGGGGAAGCAAGUGUUCAAAUUAGGCAAACAAUUGGUUCACAUCGACAGACAGGUGUUAUUCACACUAAACAACAACAAAUGGACCCCAACUUCAUUGCAAGCACUCAUUGAUUCUGAGAGUUAA